CAGUGGUGAAUGCGAAUCGUUCCCCUGGGUGGCGUCGCUUCAAGCGGAUUGUCAACGACCCCACCCAGGAUCACACACAUCACAUUACUAGAAGAUGGUUAGCACGGAAAAUGACUGUGAUAGCCACUGUCCAUUUACGACAGUCCCCAGUCGCGGAAUAUUGAAUCUUAGCAUUGUCCCUGAAACCUUCAUCUUAGCUGCUCUAUGCAUCCGGUUCGCGAUACGCCUCCUGAGUUGGAUUCAGUCACAGAGGCAUCCGCCUGGCUUAGCAUUGUCCAUAUGCUCUGCUAUAUAUUGUCCCCCAUAGUAUUGUCAACGCCAUAUUGGCUUUACUACAACGAUAUA